CCUACAGAACCCUAGCAGCCCCGAAGCUAAGCCACCAAAACCUCUACAGCCAAAGCAAAGCUUGUUCGAAAAAAAUGGCGAAAUCUAUGAGAUCGAAGAGAGAGAAGAGGCUACGAGCAAUAAGGAGAGAUCUAGUACAGCCUCUUUGUGACAAGAAAGAUGAAGCAAAGUUUGCUGUUCUAGAAGCUGCCCUCGCAGCUCCCAAGCUUCCAGUUAAACCCUCUCCAUUCGCUUCUUCUUCCUCUUCUUCUGCUAUGGACACAACGAUAACCACCACCACCACCACCACAGAUACUCAAAUUGAUAUGGAAAUGGACGAUGGCAAUCAAACAAAGAGGUCAUUGAAGCCGAUAGGGAAGAAGCUAAAAAAGAAAUUGAAGCUGUCAAGAAAGAAGAACCAUGGAAAGGGGAGGAUCAGGAGGAAACAUAUUUAAUUUGCAUGCACUAAUAAUGCUAUUGACAUUUUCAUCUCUUGCUGACUUUAUUUCGUAAUUUAGGUUGGCUAAGUUUUGUAUGUUUGAGGCUGCUGUUUUACAUUUUGGUAAUCGUGUUUUUGAGAUUCUAUUGUCA